AGAUGAGAUUAAUUUGGUUGAUUUGGAAGAAGAUGGAAAAGACGAAGACGGCAGCAGCGGGAAGGUGGAAACCAAAUCCGAUGAGUAUUUUGGAACAUUUUUCCCACCAUUCUCAAUUCUUUCUUUCAUUCUCAUUCCAAUUCUAAUUCUACCACAAAACCAUUACUUCCUUUCCUACACACACCCACUCUCCUUCUCUCUCUUACUUACCGCCCGCCGCUGACUCCUCCCUCCCCCUUCAAUGGCCGGAGAUGCCGGUGGCGACGGUCACUCUCCCCUUCCACCUCCCUCUAACGGCGGCGAGUUUCUUCUCUCCCUUUUACAACGACCCCCAAAUCGCCAAUCGCAGCAUCUCAAUCUCAAUUCUCUCCCCCACCUUCACCCUUCUUCCUCUAUUGAUCCUGCCGUCGCCGCCGUUGGUCCCUCCCUGACCUCCCUCCCGACGCCCUGGCCUUCCAGUGGUUCCGAUCUUCUCUACCCUAUUCCUCUUUCUCCUUGGUCCCACUCCCACCAGUCCUUAUCUACUCCCAUCGCUCCUAAUUAUGUGGGGUUUCAACAUCUACAGCAGAACCCCUUUCCUCUUCCUCGGAAUCAGUUUGGGGGUGCCCAAUUCGCCGCGACUCAGACUUCGGGUGAUCAAAUUCAAGGUGGUUUUGGGGGUGUUGAUGAUUUUAAGAGACUAGGGUUUCCUGGAAACCAUGAUAGAGCCAACGGUACUGUUGCGCAAAACUUUUCGCAGCAUAACCAACUGGAGAACAAGCUUCAGUUUGGCUCUUUUUCUCCUACUCUAUUUCCUAGGGUUUUGAUUAAUGGGAAUAGUAGCUCUGCCAAAGAUUUAAACCGCGAAGUGGGGUUUAGGGAGACAAUCCCUAAUGGAUUGAAUAGAAAUCAGGGAUUGGAUUCUCAUGGGAAUUCUAACUUUACAUCGUAUGGCAAUUCGAAUCCGAAUGCCAAUGUUCAUUCCUUUCGCCGUGGAGAAUGUGAUUACUCGGAUCAGGAAAGAGGCCGUGUGUUGGGUGAAAACUACAAUUUUCAUCCCCAGGUAAAGACUUCGGAGCUAUCUGGUUUCAUGAGCAAUCCUAAGGGGGGAGGGCACUUGGAUUUUGGGAACAUUAGAAAGAGAGAUUUUGAGCAUGGAGGGAAUAGAGAGAGACCUCGUUCAAGUCAAUUUGGUGAGGGCUCUCACAGGCUUGAACUUGGUGCACAGCUUCAUGAUCCUGUACGACCUUCUAGGAGUGAUCCUCAAUCAGCAUUAGCAUUCAAUAUUGAAGAAAGAGUUUUGAAUUUGGAUUCUGAGAUUGAUGAAGGCAGGCACAGAGAUAGUCAUCAAGGUCAUGACAGUCAGGAACUCGACAACAUAGGUGAACAGCUGGCUGAUUCCUUGUUGCUUGAGGAUGAACCCGAUGAGAAAAGUGAUGCCAAGUUUAUACGUCGAGAGAAGGAUUGCAGGGGGAAUCGACUACUUACACACAGAGAAAGGAUUGCUAGAAAACAUAUAAACUGCCGAGGCGACAUAGAUAUGUUGACAGUUCCUCUCCUUAGGAUUUAUGAAUCCCUGAUCCCUCCUAAAGAAGAAAAGGAAAAACAGAUGCAGUUAUUGACAUCACUAGAGAAAUUGGUGGUUAGUGAAUGGCCUCAUGCGCACCUCUGCCUUUUUGGGUCAUGUGCGAACUCCUUUGGAGUUUCAAAUAGUGAUGUAGAUGUGUGUCUUGUACUUAGAGAUGCUGAUAUUGACAAGUCUGAGAUCUUGCUAAAGUUGGCAGAAAUUCUGCUGUCAGCUAAUUUCCAGAAUGUGCAGGCCCUGACUCGUGCAAGAGUUCCUAUUAUAAAGCUUAAGGACCCAGUGACUGGAGUAUCCUGUGACAUAUGCAUAAACAACGUUUUGGCUGUUGUGAAUACAAAACUUCUUCGGGACUAUGCACAAAUAGAUGUGAGAUUACCACAAUUGGCAUUUAUUGUGAAGCAUUGGGCCAAGUCUAGAGGUGUAAAUGAAACAUACCAGGGAACACUUUCUAGCUAUGCGUAUGUUUUGAUGUGCAUCCAUUUCUUACAACAUCGAGACCCUCCUAUCCUACCUUGUUUACAGGAAACAAAGAUUGUUACUUAUCACAAAAUUGUGGAUAAUAUUGAAUGUGCGUACUUUGACCAAGUUGAAAAGCUAAAAACUUUUGGAUCCCGUAACAAGGAAACUGUUGCUCGCCUCGUCUGGGGUUUCUUCCAUUAUUGGGCAUAUUGUCAUGAUUAUGCCAACACCGUUGUAUCUGUCCGUACUAAAAACACUGUCAGCAAGAGAGCAAAAGAUUGGACAAGGAGGAUCGGCAAGGAUCGCCAUUUGAUAUGCAUAGAGGAUCCGUUUGAGACAUCUCAUGACCUAGGUCGAGUUGUUGAUAAGUAUAGUAUCAAAGUUUUGAGAGAAGAAUUUGAACGUGCUGCUACUAUUCUACAGACCUAUCCAAACCCAUGUGAAAAGCUCUUCGAACCCUUCGUCCCAAGUUAGUCACUUUUUUUAGAAAAGAUAUAUAUUAUCGAAGAGAGGUAUCUAAGAAUUCAGUUAUUAUGUUCAUAGCUAGUGAAGGUUGGUUGUAUAGGUGGUUCUCCGUGGUGUUUUUUUUCUUCUUAAAUUAUUUAUGUUUCAAGUGUAUGAUUUUUGUGGAAACGUGUUAUGGUGGUCUGUACAUCAUCGUAGAAUUUUGGUUUAGCCACCUCCUAAUCUUUCUACCAUUCUAAGAUAUUGUAGAAAAUAGGAUAUUUUUCCUUACCACCAUUUCCUGGUGUAAUGUUAAAAAAACUUUCCUAUUUUUUAUAUGGAUGAAGAGAAUGCUAAUGUUAAAAAUAGGUGUGGUGAUGGAAAUUAUGAGAAUUUAAGUUAUUAUCUCA